AUGAAGCAUAUUUCAAACCCUAGAGAAAAGAAUGGAAUUAAUAGAGCCAAUCUAAAGAUAGGUAAAUUAAAGCACACAAUUUUAUACUCCCGAGAGAAAUUCCGCAAAGCCAAGAGAUUCGAGAAGAAAGCCCAGAAAUUCGAAGACAGAGACAUGCAAAAACUCCACCGAAUGAUCAUUCAAAAUACAAAUCCUCACAAAACCCCAUACGCACCCUGCUACACCAAAGCUUCUCCUAUACCCAUAAGCCAGAUGAAAGGUAAAAACAAACUAGAUCCAGUCCUUGUCAUGAAGAGAUAA